GUACCAGACCUACAGCACGAGAAGGACCUAGGGAACAGCAAGUUGGAACAAGGGACUGGCACUGAGCGAGGACCUGGUACACAAAGGAGGGCCGGGACACCGCGCCCUCCGACAACGCGCCUCUCCAUUGCUAUGGACGUAACAGGCCCGUUCCCCCGUGAUCGCCUCGGCCAUGACGGUAUUCUCACGGUCGUUGACCGUUUGAGCAAGUAUGCUCGUUUYCUUCCUUGCAAGUAUCAUGCUGCAGCACCUGAGCUCGCACGACUCUUGCACACCGGUUGGAUUACCAACCAGGGUGUUCCGGAAGACAUAGUGAGCGACCGAGAUACUCGCUUCAUGUCGGCCUUUUGGACUUCCCUUAUGGCUGAGUCCGGCACGACAAUGAAGCCGAGCUCGGCUCGGCACCCGCAGACGGAUGGCCAGAAAGAGCGAGCACACCAGACCGCUCAGAUGAUGUUGCGUACGCUCAUCCGUCCCGACCAAAAAGAUUGGGUUGACCGGCUUCCUGGCAUUGAAUACGCCUACAACACUUCGGUGCACCCGGCGAUCGGCGUCACACCAUUCGAGCUACAUCAUGGUGGAGAGAAAGCACGGAUCUUCGCUGAUCUCCUUCUGCCACAGGCCGCCGACAUAGACGUCCCUUGCUCCCCCUCUUCCGUUCGGAAGUACCGGGACUUGCUGAUCAAAGCCCGCGCGAAUAUGCAAAAGGCUCAAAUCCGCAUGCAGCAGCAAGCUAACCGACGUCGACUUCCAUGUCCUUUCCACGAGGGAGACCUUGUUUGGGUCCUCUCUGAGGAAUUUGCGCUCAAGAAGGACGUUUCGCGCAAACUCCUUCCGAAAUGGUUCAGACCAUGGGAAGUUACUUAUGUCGUUGGAGACAACCCCGCAGGUCCUUCCUUUGUGGUCAACAUUCCUCCGCACCUUCCAGUGCACUGGGUCUUCCACGCGUCAAAGCUGGCCAUCUACACGCCACCUUCCGCUGACGAGUUUCCCGGCCGACGAUCACAGGAUCCGCCACCUAUGGACGAACAUCAGGAAGUGGACCGAGUCAUCACGCACUGCAAGUAUGGCAACAAGCCAAUGCAGUUCAAAGUCACAUUCAAGCAAUGUGCGCCUGAUGACACUCGGUGGAUCUCUAGUGCAGACUUGCAGACUUCUGCACCCCUUAUCUUCGCCGACUAUGAGAAGCGACGCCUUGCCAAGGAAGCAGCUCGUCCCGCCCGACCCAACGCGGUAUCGGACAGACAACUCCGCCCUCGCAGGUAGCUCGGUCUUUUGAGAGGGGGGGUGUGUUACAUCUUCGACGCCACACGGGUCCUACCGGACCCGACUUAGGGCCUAGGGGACAC